AUGAGUGAUGAUGAAAGUGCUACAUCUUCAGGGAAAGACCAACCGGCAUCAAAACAACCAAACCCUACAACACAAAGUUUUAACGCUCCUAAAAGUGGUCUACCCCCUUUUCCCCCAUUUGACCCAAUCACAGAUUCAGCAACAGUGUCUCAACGAUGGAAGAAAUGGAUACGGCGUUUUGAAAACCUACUCAUCAGCCUUCGAGAGUUCGACUCGACCAUCCGGCGAGGUCUUCUCUUGACAUACGUUGGCGAAGCAACAAACGAUAUCUUCGACAUUCUGCCAGACACCGGUACAACGUAUGAAUCAGCCGUCGACAGUUUAACGCAGUAUUUCACUCCGCGUGGAAACAAAGAUGUAGCUAUAUUCGAAUUUCGCGAGUUGACACAAGAAACUAACGAGACUCUAACUGCGUAUUAUCGAAGACUCAAAACCAAGGCAACAGACUGUGAAUUCGCGAACGAAGACGAAGAGAUUAAAAUACAAAUCAUCCACAAGACACGAGACCCAAGAUUGCGAAAGAAAGCCCUUCGUGAAAGCAUGGACUUAAAAGCCUUAUUAGCGCACGGAACUUCGCUAGAAAUUACGGAUCAACAAGCGCAACGACUAGAAAACGCAAACACAGACCUAAACGCAUUGGAAAGAAACCGCCAGCCACCAGCAUCGCAACCACGGGGUGCAUUCAAUCGCAGACGAAAACCACCACCGGACGGGAAGAAAACCUGCCGAAACUGCGGUGGAGCAUUUCCACACAAAGACGGAAUGCAGAAUUGCCCUGCUCGAGGAAAAUCCUGCCAUAAUUGCGGAAAACUCGGACAUUUCGCAAAAUUAUGCAAAUCGAGCAGUAAAUCGGUAAAACAUAUUACCCCACUCAAGACACCCGAUGACAGACACUUACAAGACUCGGACGAUGAUAAUUGUUUUACCUUAAAGUCAACGCCAAAUAAGUCACCUGAGACUCAGAUCAAAAUUGGACACACUCCAGUGAAAGUACUAAUCGAUUCCGGCGCAUCUGUCAACAUUAUUCACACUGAAAUAUUCGAGCGCAUUAAAAGCGAGAACAAUCACAUUAAACUAGCCAAAACAAACGCAAAAAUUCGUGCAUACGGAACUGAUAGCCCUAUAGACCUUUCUGGAGAAUUUCACACAACAAUUAAAUCAACACACGGUCAAUCUAUAGACGCAACGUUUUACGUCACAACGGCAAAAUCCCAAUGUAUUCUCGGCUGUGAAUCAUCUACGGCAUUAGGACUAAUAACAUUGAACAUAAACAAUAUUGCGCAGCACGAGGAUCCAGUUAUAGCGAAGUUGCUCAAGCAACACGAAAAACCUUUCAAAGGAACCGGCAAUUUGAAAGGCGUUGAGGUCAAACUCGAGAUCGAUAAAUCCAUACCACCCGUAGCACAGUCGUCCAGACGAAUUCCGCACAACAUGAGAAAAAAAGUAAACGAGAAAUUACGUGAAAUGCGUGACGACGGCAUCAUUGAAAAAGUGGAGGGUGCAACACCAUGGUUAUCCCCACUCAUCGCCAUUCCAAAGAAAACUGGUGACGUCAGACUGGUUCUCGACAUGCGCGUUCCAAACACAGCUCUAAUCAGACGUAGAGUUCAGAUCCCAACCGUUGACGAGAUUCUACGCCAGAUGGAAGGAGCUAAAGUAUUUACGGAAGUCGAUCUGUCCCAAGGCUAUCUACAACUCACCCUCGCGGAAGAAUCGAGAUAUAUCACUGCCUUUACCACCCCCGACGAGGGCCCCCACCGUUUCAAGCGUUUGAUAAUGGGAGCAUCACCCUCUGGCGAAUACUUCCACGAGAUAAUCCAUGAACUUAUCAAGGGCAUUCCUAGAUGUGCAAACAUCUCAGAUAACAUCUGGUUAUGGUCCGAUGACCGACAGUCCCACUAUAAACAACUCGAACGGUUGUUAACCAAAUUGGAGUCCAGCGGUUUAACCCUCAAACUACCCAAAUGCUCGUUUUCAGUUCCAGAAAUCAAUGUCUUCGGACAUAUCGUUUCUGGAAAUGGAAUACAGCCAGACAAAGCCAAAAUCGAAGCGGUGAACAACGCCCUACCACCAAAGUCAGCCUCGGAAGUUAGAUCGUUCCUGGGUCUAACAAACUACUGCUCCAGGUAUAUCCCAAAUUACAGCAGCAUCACCUACCCACUUCGCCAGCUCACGAAGGCAGACGCAAAGUUUCGAUGGAGGGACGAACACGAGAAAGCAUUCAUCACCCUGAAGCAAGCCCUAACGAGUGCUCCAGUUUUGGCUCAUUACAGUCUCGAAGCCAAAACGCGAGUCGUAGUUGACGCAUCACCAUGGGCGGUCGGCGCAGUUCUCCUGCAAGAGCAACAAGAUAGCUUUUAUCGUCCCGUAGCGUACGGAAGGAGAUCCUUGUCCGAGACAGAGCAAAAGUACGCCCAAAUUGAGAAAGAAUCGCUAGCGAUCGUGUUUGGAUGUGAACAUUUCCACAUGUACCUUUACGGACGAGAUUUCGAACUUGAAACCGACCACCGACCCCUAGAACACAUUUACAAACCCAAACCCAACAACGCGAGUAAGUCAACCCCUGCAAGAAUCGAAAGGUGGAGAUUGCGACUUCAAGAGUACGAUUUUAAAGUCGUGUACAGACCGGGGCCCAAAAACCUAGCUGAUCCUUUAUCGAGACUUCCAAAACAAUCUCCCACUAACACCCGAAGCAACAUGGAAGCCUGCGCAGACCGAUAUGUCCACUACCUUUCCCAGUAUCUUGCACCACGAGCCAUGUCAAUAAAGGAAAUCCAACAGGCCUCUAUCAACGAUCCAGAACUGGCACAGAUACGAACCUGUUUACAAACAAACCAGUUAUACAAGAUUCCACCACCCUACCAAUCAGUCGUGGAUGAACUCUGUGUCACUAACCAAAACAUCCUUCUUCGUGGGAACCGAAUCGUCCUUCCAGCCGACCUCCGACAGAAAGCCAUAUCCUUAGCUCACGAAGACCACGCAGGGAUCACAAAGUGCAAACAACGCAUCCGAGCAAAACUGUGGUGGCCGCAGAUGGACAAGCACGUCAAAGCUCACGUCAAAUGUUGUCAUCCCUGUCAAUUGGUAGCACAACCACCACGCCCUGAACCAAUGCGUCCAACAGAGCUACCCAAAGAACCCUGGACCGAGUUAGCAAUCGACAUCUGUGGACCAUUCCCGACUGGUGAGUACAUUGUUGUUCUCACAGACUACUACUCCAGAUGGCCCAAAGCCAAGACCCUCAAAACCGUUAUCUCCGCUACAAUUCUGAAGUGGCUCAAUUCCAUCUUCGCCCAACAUGGCUAUCCCACAGUCCUGAAGUCGGACAACGCCUCCUACUUUACCUCUACACAAUUCAAAACGACCCUACAGUCCUGGGGAGUCCAGCACAAAACCGUGACCGAAUACUGGCCACAGGCAAAUGGUCAAGUUGAACGAUUCAACGAAGUCAUCAAGAAACAUGUCCUCACAGCACAAGCAGAGCAAAAGGACUGUAGAGAAUCACUACCAAACCUACUUCUCCACUAUCGAACCACACCCCACCGAAUCACUGGACAGACCCCAGCAAAACUACUCAUGAAGAGGGAACUUCGAACCAAGAUCCCAGCAAUUUCCACGGUGGACCAACCAACAGAUUGGCACGAGGAAGUGCGAAGAAAAGACGAUAACGAGAAGUCCAAAGCGAAAGCAUACACCGACAAGAAACGUCAUGCAGCGGAACGAAAAUUGAUCGUAGGAGAUAAAGUUCUGGUCAAACAGAAGAGAAAAAACAAGUAUUCGACAAAGUUUUGCAAAGAUCCGAUGACAAUCACGAAGAUCAACGGAACACAGAUCGUGUUAACAGAUCUCCAUGGUAAACAGCACCGACGGAACGUACUCUUCUCAUGUCAAGAAAUAUUGGACCACAUCAGAACCGAACAACGUAGAAGACGAGGAUUUCGUUGCAGAAUCCCAACCACCACAAAGCACCACUGA